CAUUGAAAGUACUCACCGACUAACAGAACUAUAUGGGAAAUAACUAUAGGUGCCCAGACAUUAAUGUAAAAGCUGAGAAGAUCCUCUAGAACCUUCAAACUAACCGGUAGUGGUCCCACCAAAGGUCUUCAAACUCACUUAAUAAGUCCAGAUACCUCGUAUAUAAAAACAGCGGAAAUUCAUAUUCACUUAUACCCGAUCUUACGUUCAUUCAAGCAAAUAUAUAUUAUUUUAUGAUGUUAGCAGAGAAGUGGUUAUUGACAUCAAUAUUUUUAGCAGUGUCUUGCGAAGUUUAUGCCGAUAAAGUAGAACAACUGCGGAACCUUAUUUUGGAUAAUAUAGAUGAUGCGUUAUCAUAUCAUUAUCCAAAAGAUAACUCUGAAUAUUUUAGGGAUGUAGAUGGCAGUAAAAUUAUAGAUUAUGGAAGUUUCGAUUUUAUUAUAAUCGGAUCAGGAUCUACGGGAUCAGUUCUUGCAAAUAGAUUAUCAUCGAGAAGUUCUUGGAGUGUGCUGCUUUUGGAAGCUGGAGACGUUGACAAUCGUUUCACAGACAUACCGUCUAUGUAUCAAUAUUCCCUAAGGUCUAAAAAUAAUUGGGGGUAUAAUACGACUUCUCAAAAAUAUGGUUGCAAAGCUUUGGUGGAUAACCGUUGUUUUUUUCCUACUGGUAAGAUAUUAGGAGGAUCUUCUUCCAUAAACGGUCUUAUUUAUACCAGAGGUAACUCAAAAGACUACGAUAAUUGGGUGAAACUUGGUAAUGAAGGGUGGAGUUUCAAAGAUGUCGAACCGUUCUUCAAAAAAAUGGAAAACGCUCAAUUCCAUUCCGAUGUACUUGGACACAAUGGUCCACUAUAUAUAAACUAUAGUUUUCCAGAAGACAAAUUCCAAAAAAUAUUCUCCGAAGCUUUAUCAGAAAUGGGAAUACCACAAACCGAAUACAAUGGUGGUAAUCAGAUUGGUAGUUCUAGAAUGCAAACAAACAUAAAAAAUGGAAGACGUGUUAGUGCAGCUAAUGCCUAUAUAAAACCUAUAUUGCAGCGGGAAAACCUCAAUCUCACGUUGAAUGCCUUUGUUACAAAAAUUCUAGUGGAUGUUAAGACCAAUACUGCCUAUGGUGUCAGAUUUGUUAAGAAUGGAGAGAUUUUCGAAGCAACUACUAGAAAAGAGAUCAUUUUAUCAGCAGGAGCUAUCAAUUCUGUUCAAGUACUUAUGUUGUCUGGUAUAGGACCUAAAGAAACUCUAGAAAAAUUCAAAAUACCUUUGGUUAAAGAUUUACCGGUUGGUGAGAAACUAAUAGAUCACGUAGCUUUCAAUUUGCAAUUCACAUCGAAUAUCACACAAAAUGCGGUUUCUUUAGAGAAACAAAUAGAAGAUUUUCUGCAGGGGAAAGGUUUAUUAACGACACCGUUCAAUGCUAAAAGUGUCAGCUUCUGGCGUCCCGAUUUUGAAGGCAGACCCAAAGUGGAAUACGUGCUUCUCCCACCAACAGGUGGUGACAAUUACGUCAAAAAACCUCCACCAUCUCCGUAUAUUGAAAGUAUCAACGAAGGUUACUUCGGUAAAAUUGACCCAAAAACGUUUUUCUCCAUUGUUGUUAUAUUGCUCCACCCCAAAUCACGUGGAACAGUGUCUAUCCAGUCAAGCCACCCUAAAGAUUAUCCUGUUAUCGAUAGUAACGUAUUUGGGAAGGAAGAAGAUCUUGAAGAAAUGUAUAAUUCCAUUCAGUUCAUCUCUGAUAUAACCAGAACUGAAGCGUUUAAAAGAAUAAAUGCAACAAUGUUCUCAAAUAUACCCGAUUGCAAUAAACAUGAGUUAUUUUCGAAAGAAUAUUGGCACUGCGCUAUUAAAUAUAUGGCCCUUCCAUCAUAUCACGGUAUGGGAACUGUUAACAUGGGUGUCGAUCCUAAAACAUCUGUGGUAAAUCAAGUGUUGAAAGUACAUGGUUUAAAUGGCAUCAGAGUGGCCGAUUGUGGUGUCAUUCCAGAUUCCGUGUCUGGUCAUACAAAUGGACCAGCGUAUAUGAUUGGAGAAAAACUGUCCUCUUUAAUCGUAGAGGACUAUGGUACAAAGGAGUUUUGAUUGGUGAAUAUUUUUCAUCCUGUUUUUGACUGUGAUAGCCCUCUUAGACCAUUAUAGAUUAUGCGAACAAGCAGAAGAGGUUUUGUUUCAUGUCAAUCAGAAAAUAAGGUUUGAGUUGAACGUUUGUCACAAUUUUUAAAAUAUUGAGUGAGAAUUUCAUUCUGUUGUUGGAGAAUGGGAAUUGGGAUUGUUUUAGCUGAUUACUUCUUAAAUUUGAUAAUAUUAUGUAUUAAGUAGUUAUAAAUUAGUGAUAUGAUUUCAAACUUUGAUUAUUCCGAGAACAAUUUAUCUCCGAAAAUUUUAAGUUUCGAAUAUUGUACAAACCCCAGUUCCUAUUUUAAAAUAUUUUGAAACUAAAUGGUGGAUGCGCCGGUCAUUUGAUUAAUUUUUGUAAGUAUCAAAAUCUUUGGGAGAAGUAUGUGAAAAAAUGAUGCUGGCUCAUCCACCAUGACUGAACUCAUUAGAAAAAGAAAGUGAUGAGGUUAAUUUUUUUAUUCUGUUCAAUUAUUCAAUGUAUGGUUAUAAAGGAAAACAAAUGAUU